UCAGCUUGCCGCCUCUCCAAGGCAACACGCUGAGGUGAAGCCGGCGCGGGGCGGGGCGCACGCGUAAGGCCCCGCCCUGUGCACGGGAAGGGCGGCGCUCCUCGGGGCUGGGGCAGGGCGCUGCGCCGGGCCCUGCGCCUGCGCACUGCAACCAGCGGCACGAGCGCGGGCUGGCCGUUGGCUGCGGCGCGGGGCCCGCCAUGAGCUUCCUCAUCGAUUCCAGCAUCAUGGUCACCUCCCAGGUACUCUUCUUUGGAUUUGGAUGGCUGUUCUUCAUGCGCAAGCUGUUCAAGGAUUAUGAGGUGCGGCAGUAUGUUGUCCAGGUCAUCUUCUCUGUGACUUUUGCCUUCUCUUGUACUAUGUUUGAACUCAUCAUCUUUGAGAUUUUGGGAGUGCUGAACAGCAGCUCUCGAUAUUUUCACUGGAAGCUGAACCUGUGUGUCAUUUUGCUCAUCCUAGUCUUCAUGGUACCUUUCUACAUCGGUUACUUUGUUGUGAGCAAUAUCAGAUUAUUGCACAGACAGAAACUGCUUUUUGCAUGUGUUCUGUGGUUGACAUUUAUGUAUUUCUUCUGGAAGCUGGGGGAUCCAUUUCCCAUCCUCAGCCCAAAACAUGGAAUCCUGUCUAUAGAACAGCUCAUCAGCCGCGUGGGCGUGAUUGGGGUGACACUCAUGGCUUUGCUGUCAGGAUUUGGUGCUGUCAACUGUCCGUAUACUUACAUGUCCUACUUUCUCAGGAAUGUGACAGAUGCGGAUAUUCUCGCUUUAGAGCGACGGCUCCUUCAGACCAUGGACAUGAUUAUUAGCAAGAAAAAAAGGAUAGCAGUUGCUCACAGGACAAUGUUCCAGAGAGGCGAAGUACACAACAAACCCACUGGCUUCUGGGGAAUGAUAAAAAGUGUUACAACAUCUGUUGCAGGCAGUGAAAGUUUGCCAGAUCUGUCUCUUAUCCAGCAAGAAGUGGAUGCCCUGGAAGAGCUGAGCCGGCAGCUUUUUCUUGAAACUGCUGACCUGCAUGCAACAAAGGAGAGAAUAGAGUACUCCAAAACUUUCCAGGGAAAAUACUUUAAUUUUUUGGGUUACUUUUUCUCCAUCUAUUGUGUCUGGAAAAUCUUCAUGGCAACCAUCAAUAUUGUGUUUGACCGUGUGGGGAAGACGGAUCCGGUCACAAGAGGAAUUGAGAUCACUGUAAAUUAUUUGGGAAUCCAGUUUGAUGUGAAAUUCUGGUCUCAGCACAUUUCCUUUAUUCUUGUUGGAAUAAUCAUUGUCACCUCUAUCAGAGGCUUGUUAAUUACACUUACAAAGUUCUUCUAUGCCAUUUCCAGCAGCAAGUCCUCUAAUGUUAUUGUGCUGCUUUUAGCACAGAUCAUGGGUAUGUAUUUUGUAUCGUCAGUGCUCCUGAUUCGGAUGAGUAUGCCUCUGGAGUAUCGCACUAUUAUAACAGAAGUCCUGGGAGAGCUUCAGUUCAACUUCUAUCAUCGCUGGUUUGAUGUGAUAUUCCUAGUUAGUGCACUGUCCAGUAUUCUCUUUCUCUACUUAGCACAUAAACAAGCUCCAGAAAAGCAUAUGGCCCUCUAAGUAAGGGCUGCAGUCACGCACUGCUCUUGUGUCCUUUCUGCUGGACUGUUGUGACUCUUGUGGACUGCAAAACUUGGAGAGCUGGGACAGUUCUGUGUGUUCCAGCGAUGUAACUGGCUCUUUGAACUUCCAUGUCUGCAAUCAAGCUCUGUGGCUCAUUUUAAGGUGCUACAGCUUGAAGGAAAGGGAAUGCACAUAUUGCCAAGGAAUAAAGGGAAUUUGUGGUACACCAAUAUCUGGGGGGCUGUAAGCUGUCUGAGGUAAGGCAUCCUGGAUUUAGAAGAACAUCUUCAGAGAACGCAUAAAGGAAAUGUGAUUUUUCUUUUGAAAAGCAACUCAUAAUUGAGAUUUAGAGGAUGGUAAUUUUGGAGCUGAAUGUGAGAGUCUGUGGAAUUAAAGAAGCUUUUGUAAUACCUCA